UCAAAUACUCAACCUCGGCCCCCCGUUCUACGCCUGUCGCGUCACUGCACGGUGGCUCCUUCGUCUCUUGGUAUACUCUACUGUCGUGUGAUAUCUAGAGACGUGGAGGGAGUCGGGAGCAGUCCAGAAAGAGUACUCGGGACGUUGUGGGGACGAGAUUACAACGGCUCCGACCUUCGGAAAGAAAUUAAGCUGGAUCGUUGGAUUUGCUACUAUAAGUAGGGUCAUCUAAACGAGACGCUGUACCGCACGUAGCGCUAUUCGUCACAGCAUACGAACCACCAAAUCACUGGCUACCAUUGGAUAGAAGGACAGAAGGAUACACGCAUCAGUAGGCACAUCGCCACAAGGCCUUUGAAGUCAACCAUUCACAGUCAACGAUCUUCAACGGCUUCUGCUCUCUGUAGAACGACACCAAGACGACGCACAGCCUAAUAUACCUAUACAGCGCUCUCGACAUUAAUUAUAAGAAGCCUUCAUGGGAGAGUGUUCUAAGUGUCGUCGGCAUCGGCGGUACCUACCUCGACCGGUGCUUGGGCUCUGCCUGGUGGUGGCGUCGCUGGGAUUCCGUGCGGCAGGCUCCGCCGUGGCUUGGAUCCUGCAUCCGGCGCCGAUCCGUUCCAGCGGAACGGCUACUGGAACAAGAAUAGUGUCGACGGGUGAAAGCUCUCGUCGUCCGCAUCGCUUUCCGGACAAUGCAUCCCAGCAACAAACGCCGCUAUCGGCGCGUUCCGCCAGUACGAAACGCAAUCGACCCGCCGAAUCCGACCGACGGGACGACAUGAACGCGACGAGUCCCAUUAUCAAUGCAACUAACGUCUCCGAAGUGAACGCGACGAAACCCAUUGUCAAUGCCACGAACGUCUACGAAGUGAACGCGACGAGUCCCAUUAUCAAUGCCACUAACGUGCACAGCGGUACCGUGGAUACACCACCGUGGGCUUCGCAGGAAUACGUAAAACUUGCGAUGGUUCACAGUCGUCAGUGGGCCGUUCUAGAUGGCGCCGAAUGGUGGAGUGUCAAAAUGCUACUCGAACGGCAAGAGAAACAAGCCCGCGAAACCGACGCUCAGAAACAAAAAAAAGGAGUCAACGGGACCAAAUCGUUCACACCGCCAACUUCCAUACCGUCCACACCCUUUGGUUGUAUGCGAAUUGUAACCGGCAUCGUCAAUAUGGCGAGCGCAUCGGCGCAAAGAUCGCAAAACGAACAACGUGUAAUUGGGAUGCAACGUAUGCCGCAAGUAGGACCUACUACGAAGGACAACCUCACUGAUGGCGCUGUUGUGCUGUACGCGGACUCAGUAGCUCGGAUACCCGACGAAGUGUCGGACGAUCAAGCUGUUGCUACCUACUUUCGAUCGGUGGCCAUCCAUGCGGUCUUGCCUCGUCCCUUCGUACUGAAAGGCAUCGGUGGAGCUGACGAUGUAUCCUUCACACAAACGUCGGAUAUGGGAAAGGUCGUUGUGGUAGGCGGAAACGAACGAGCUAUGUGGGCGGCCAACGCCUUGGACAGACUCGGGGUACACGUCACCCUAGUCACGACAAAUACAGCUAUUAAAGCGAAAAUUCCCGACAGCAAGAAAAGCGACAUCAAAGUACUGACACCGGCAGUCGGUGAACUGGAGUUGGGGUUUGCCAAUGUCGUAGGAAGGUUUGACGCGCUCCUAGAUACGGUUGGGAAUGAACACGAAAGAGGGAUUCAGAGCUCUGUUUUGCGUCUACUAUCGCAACAACACGGAUGUGACGUAUACGUAUCCAUCGAAUCCACCUCGCAGGCCCUCAUCGGGCAAGAAGGAGUGCUUUGGGGGCCUGGCAAGGCCAAAACGCACGCGCAAAAAUUGCAGGCAGCACCGCAGCGUGCUGCUUGGUUUGCACCACCUGCACAACUAGGGACCACUGUGGCACAAUUACUUACUCUGCACGUCCAGGAUGCCUCUUCCAAGUCCUGGCAAUGGCCCAAGUUGCCUAUUACAAAAACUCCAGACAGCGUGGCAGUUCAAGGUUGGAGUAUGGGAGAAUUCUUUGAAGCCACCACAUGGCCACGCGAUAGCAAUGGAGCUACAACAACCCGAUACGGCUUCCCCACGGUAGAGGAUGUCAGUGGUGGGGCGGGCGAUAUGGACGACGAGGACGAGGAGACUCUGGAUGGAAUGAUGGUUGCUGCACCGCCGUUACGAAGCAUGGGUAAAGAUGCUUUGCAACUUCAACAAGAGAAGGCUGCGGCCGAAGCAGCCGCGGCCGACGCAAGUCCUUAUAUUCGAUCCGUUGUUGGUGUCUCUGGAUUGCAAAAAGGAAUCAUUGAGACGAAAGCCGAUUGCAUACUAUUCCUAUCGGCACCCUUUUGUCGAACUUGUCGCUAUUUGUCACCGCAGUACCGUCGGUUGGCACGCCAGCACGAUAUCAGCGAAUCGAAAAAGGACGGUGAGCAGGCCAUUUUUUACGCCAAGGCGGAUGCUUCUGGCCAAGUGGGCAAGGCGCUGGGUCGUGCAUUACAAGUAGACGCCGUGCCGGCCUUUGUCUUGUUCCGAAAAGGAGAGAGGUUUGGAUCGGUCUUGUCCAUUUCGAGACUACCUUCGGCCAAAUUGGAUGCGGCUGUCCGUAUGCUACGGGACGGUGUCUGGGACGAAAUAGCAAUUCGCAACUUGGACGACAAGCCCUUCAUGAAGAAGCGAAAAAGCUAAUUUCGCUCGGCCGCCAAAUCGUGAUGUGAUUUUGUUAUGGAAGCUCAACAAAAGACUACUUGGUAUGACAAUACCGGAUUAACUCCUUGUUGCUAUUUUCACUGUUGUGGUCGUUCUUGACGACGAUAUAUACCUGAGCUUCGCAACGUAUGCGUUUCCAAAAUUUUAAUUCUAGGAGUACAAGAUACAAUCUAAUUUUUUACCCAAAAGAUGUAGUUGGGCAAACAACACAGUAAGGGGUCUGGCAGGCUCCAAUCGGGAGUACCUCUUCUCGUCAUGCUUCUGGAUAGGCGAGCAAUUUAUGGAUUUCCACCGAGUAUCCACUGCCCAAAUCCAAAGUGAAUGAUUCUCCUUUCGGACCCACGCGGAUCACUUCCGCGCCGGGGAUCGAUAAUACAUUGGGAAUGCUUUCUGUUUCUAUUGCCUGCAACGCCAUUUUGUACGUGCUGUAAAUUUCAGCGGGGAUUGUUUCUGAAAGCCGUCGGAGACGCCGGCGAUCAUCUUCUUCUUCUCCUUCUUCCUCCUCCUCUCCGUGAUCUUCGUUGUUGUUAUUGUUGGUUUCUCCUGCAGUACCGGUGCUGCUGUCUUCUACAUCGGUUGUUUCACCACUGCUAUUGACGCUGUCAACAAGUGUCGAU